UGGAAAUAAAAUUCCUUCCUAAAAAGUCAUAUAAUGUAAUCAAGUUCAAGCGUUUAUUCUACGUUGAUUUCUCAAGAUGACGGAUGUUAUUGAUGUAAACAUCAACCAUUUACCAGAAAAUAUUCUGCUAGAAAUCUUGUCCUAUCUCUCUGUCAAGGAUUUGUGUCGGACUGGAAGUGUCUGCAGGUCAUGGCGUCGUGUGGUAAGGGACAAUACACUGUGGAGACAUGUAGACCUCCUCCCCUACCGCCUUAACCUACAAAAGAUGUGGAAGGUGAUCCGCGCUCACUUCUCAGAGUGUCUUCUCACAAUGAAAGUACGCGGUUUUGUGGAUUCAGGGGGACGCAAGCAAAAGAAACCGUCUUUGUCAGACGCGAUGUUACGGGAUCUCGGAGAGAGAUGUCCAAACAUUUGUGACCUUCACCUUCAUAUGUGUAAAACUGACAACAUCUCUGCUGGCAACCUACCAGGCUCCCUCACUCGACUGGUGCUACAUGGUUGCUCAUGGCAACCACGCUGGCUAAAGGGAAACGAAAACAAUCUGAAAAAUAUUGUGGACUUGGACCUGUCUUGUUGCUGCAGGGUGGACAGUUUUGACAUGCAUGACAUUGGAAAUUGGACGAGAAUGAAAACAUUAAAAUUAAAUGGACUUUACAGAUUGAAUGAAAAGGGAAUCAAACAUGUCGCAACGUCCCUACCCCUGCUAGAACGGCUUGAACUGAGUUAUACACAGUGCACUGAACUUGCCGUUCAUCACAUAUCACGUCAUCUCAAAAAUCUCCGUCACCUGAAUAUGUCGAACUGUAGUCUGCUCAACGAUUCUGCCGUGGAGACUUUGUCAUCCGGGCUACAAAAGCUGGAAUAUCUAGAUCUCAAAUCGAACAGCAGACUCACCAUCUCUGGUCUGUCGUCACUCAAGGCUUGUAAAAGGUUGAGUGUGUUGGUGUUUGAUUUCAAUGAUGACACGGAAAAACAACUCUUGCAAGCUGAAUUGCCGAAUUGUACAAUUGUCAAUGGCGAUGUUUGAAAGAAUGACCUAAGAUGUAAAAAGUCAAAGGAAACAGACACAAAAUAUGUAUAAAGGUGUAUGUAUUUAUAAGUAGAUCUUGUCUAGAUCAUGAACAUUCAGAACCAGUUUCAGUAUUCUGUCUGGAAUGAAGAUAAUUUUCAUUGAAUUCAUUUACCCCUGAAGACACAUUUGAACUGUUCCAAUUCAAAGGUUGGAAUAGUUCAUUAUGAUAUUUCAGGGGUGAAUGAUGUUCAGUAGCCUUUUGUGGAUGGAUUCCUAAGGAAAUUCAGAGUCCAGCACAAAAAGUAACUCAAAGCAAAGAUGGCUGGACAACAUCUACAUGAAGGUGAUCGCCAAUUUUCUUUGCAAUGUUAACAAUGUGUCAACACACAAGGUGUGCCCUCAUAGUUCACAGAUCACUUCCAUGUGGAUGUUGUCAGGUUAUCUUCACUUUGAAUAGAUAUACCAUGUCUAUUCUAGAUUAUAGAUUACACAGAUUCAAUGUACAUGGAAAUGUAUGGUAAAUAAAAAUGGUUGGAGUGGGGCUGUUACAUGUCAUGUUUCAUAAAACUAUAAGCAGGUUCAGUUAACUUAAUAUAGAAUUAUUAUACCUCUACUUAUUUUACACUAUACAAAAGUAACCACAUAAACAAGCUAUUUCCCCUCUUACUGC